CCGAGGCAGCAGCAGCUUCCCCGCGGGGCCAGGGGCUCCCGGAGCUAGCACUCAGACACUGCUGCAACUGCCUCAGCAGCCCCCGCAGCCACUGCACUAGCAGCCCCCGCAGCCACUGCCCUGGGCUCUUCGAGGAACGGGGCGCGAGCGUAGGGAGCGCGGGAGUUCCUAAAUCGGGGGGCAGGAGGGCAGAUUCAAGGGGGCAGCCAGAGAGCGGCGCCCGCGCCCAGGAAGCCUCCGAACCUUGGAAAACUUCGGCUCUAUUCCACUUGCACUGAACACCCCCUAGCACCUGCUUGAGGAAGUCCUUCCAUCAGAGUGCCCAGCAGGAAGCCAAGAAUGGAGAGGUCCCUGGGUACUUGUUGUCACCGCUAUCUGGCUGUGCUGCUCAUCCUCCCCUCCCUGAGCCUUGCUCAGUAUGAGAACUGGCCCUACUACCCUGAGUACUUUCAACAGCCCCAGCCUGAGUACCAACAGCCUGAGCGUCCAGCAAAUGUCCCCAAGAUCCAACUGCGUCUGGCUGGACAGAAGAGGAAACACAAUGAGGGCCGAGUGGAAUUGUACUACGAUGGGGUGUGGGGCACAGUGUGUGAUGAUGACUUCUCCAUCCACGCUGCACAUGUGGUCUGUCGUGAGCUGGGUUAUGUGGAAGCCGUAUCUUGGGCACCCAGCUCCUCCUAUGGCAAAGGAGAAGGCCCCAUUUGGAUGGACAAUGUCCAUUGCACCGGUAAAGAAGUGACCCUGGCUGCCUGCUCCUCCAAUGGGUGGGGUGUCGCUGACUGCAAACACACAGAAGAUGUGGGCGUAGUGUGCAGUGAUAAAAGGAUCCCCGGCUUCAAGUUUGACAACUCGAUCAUCAAUCAGAUUGAUAACAUGAACAUCCAGGUGGACGACAUUCGGAUCCGCGCUGUCCUCUCCGCGUACCGGAAGCGCACGCCGGUGACGGAGGGCUACGUGGAGGUGAAGGAUGGUAGUAGCUGGAAACAGGUCUGCGACAAGGGCUGGACCACCAAGAACUCCCGGGUCAUCUGCGGCAUGUUCGGCUUCCCGGCUGAGAAGAAGUACAACGCCAAGGUGUACAAGAUGUACGCCAGUCGGCGGAAACAAAGGUACUGGCCCUACUCCAUGGACUGUACAGGCAAUGAGGCCCACAUCUCCAGCUGCAAAUUGGGCAAUCAGGCUGCCCUGGACCCUGUGAAGAAUUUCUCCUGUGAGAACGGAAUGCCCGCUGUGGUGAGCUGUGUGCCAGGUCGAGACUUUGCCCCCGGCAGCCUCACAGGCUUCGGAAAAGCCUUCAAGUCAGAGCAACCCCUGGUGCGGCUGAGAGGUGGUGCCAACACCGGAGAAGGCCGAGUGGAGGUGCUCAAGAACGGGGAGUGGGGCACCAUCUGCGAUGACCAGUGGAACCUGGUGUCGGCCAGCGUGGUCUGCCGGGAGCUGGGCUUUGGGAGCGCCAAAGAGGCCAUCACAGGCGCCAGGCUUGGGCAAGGCAUAGGGUCCAUCCACCUCAAUGAAAUACAGUGCACGGGGUUCGAGAAAUCCAUCAUUGACUGUAAAUUCAACGUUGAGAACCUGGGCUGCAACCAUGAAGAAGAUGCUGGGGUGAGGUGCAACAUUCCUGCCAUGGGCUUCCAGAAUCAGCUGCGCCUGAGCGGGGGCCGCAACCCUUACGAGGGACGUGUAGAGGUGCUGGUGGAGCGAAACGGGACAUUGAAGUGGGGGACCGUAUGCGGGGAGAACUGGGGCGUCGUGGAAGCCAUGGUGGUCUGCCGACAGCUGGGUCUUGGGUUUGCCAGUAAUGCCUUCCAGGAGACCUGGUACUGGCAAGGGGACAUCAACACCAACACCGUGGUCAUGAGCGGGGUCAAGUGCUCGGGGACCGAGAUGGCGCUGUCACACUGCCGCCAUCAUGGAAAGAACGUGGCUUGCCCCCAAGGCAGGCAUCACGCCGCCGGUGUCGCCUGCUCCGAAACUGCCCCUGACCUGGUCCUCAAUGCCGAGAUCGUCCAGCAGACGACAUACCUGGAAGACCGGCCCAUGUUUAUGCUGCAGUGCGCCAUGGAGGAGAACUGCCUGGCGUCCUCUGCUGCCCAGACCUCACCCACCACGGGCUACCGCCGGCUCCUGCGAUUCUCCUCCCAGAUCCACAACAACGGCCAGUCGGACUUCCGUCCCAAGAACGGCCGCCACGCGUGGAUCUGGCACGACUGCCACAGGCACUACCACAGCAUGGAAGUUUUUACACAUUAUGACCUGCUGAAUCUCAAUGGGACCAAGGUGGCCGAAGGUCACAAAGCCAGCUUCUGCCUGGAAGACACCGAGUGUGAAGGAGAGAUCCAGAAGAGUUAUGAGUGCGCCAACUUCGGGGAGCAGGGCAUCACUCUGGGCUGCUGGGACAUCUACCGUCACGACAUUGACUGCCAAUGGGUCGACAUUACCGAUGUGCCCCCUGGGGACUAUUUGUUCCAGAUCAUCAUUAACCCCAACUACGAAGUGGCCGAGUCAGACUAUAGCAACAACAUCAUGAAGUGCCGGACCCGCUACGACGGGCACCGAAUCUGGAUGUACAACUGCCACAUCGGUGGAUCCUACAGUGAAGAAACAGAGACCAAAUUUAAUCACUUUGGAGGACUCACAAAUAACCAGCUCCCCACUCAAUGAAGAGUCAGCCUUGGAGCCCCUGGACCCCCUGCCCUAGGGCCUCACUGCACUGGUCUCCCUGGGACCCUCCCUAACCACUGCACAGCACAGCUCAGAUGGAUGCCCCAUGCUCCCUCCCCUGACUCCCUGACAAAAGCCAUGGGUGCCUGCGGUGCAGCCCAGGAUGUGUCUUGGCCUGCUCUCAUAGGCUCAAGACCCAGAAGGGACCUUGCAGGUCUAGCCCAGCCCCCUCAUUUUACAAAUGAAGCACCUAAGGCCCAGGAGGCAGAGAUGCUCCCCCAAGGUCACACAGCCCAUGUUCUAACCCAGUUCUUUCCACUAAACCAUAUUUCCUCCUGCCCAAAACAUAUCUGAUAUUUGAACCCUUUUCUUCUCCUCUACCUCCCCUGGUAUAUGGGAGUUAGCAGGGCAAUUACCACAGAGACAGGCAGUGUUGGUGGGUCAGGGAAGGCAAGGUGGCAGCGGAAAAUGGUCACCCUCCCCCUAGCGAGCUGAUCCUGUCCCAGAACCCCAGGGGUGAAGCUGCCCACUCAGGAUAGAAACCCAGCUAGCCAAGGGAGGGAGGGGUGCUAAGGAACCUGAGGUCUCACUUUCCUGGAGACUUUGUGACUACAGAUGCUCCCUGCCUCUCUCUUCAUCUCUUUUGUCAGAUGGAGAUGAGCAACCUCUUGGUAUAGGCCUCUAGCUCUCCAGGACCAUGGUUUGAAGCCCUAUUUCAAGACCAGGACUGGUUCACCCUCCCCUUCCCCAGCAAGCUUCCCUUUGGUGGAAAUCUAUCAAGGGAGCAGGCAGCCUGCUUCCCAUAUGCCCUUUCCAAAGUAUCUUCUUAAUCUCCAAGUCUCCACGCUGCUACAUCCCCAGAUAUCCCAUGCUAGAAAUUUAGCAAAGCAAUGCAUGCCUGUGUCUUCAGCUCCAAAAUCAAGUCUGUGUGGGCCUCCAUUUGCAAAUCACCAUCCAGGACUAGGAAAUUCCUUCCCCAUUCAAUCCACACAACCCAGAGCUGUGUAUACUUUUCAGGAAACCCCUGGUGGUAUGGUCACUGAAAAAGCUUGUCCUUCUUGCCUUCAAGUCAGAGGCAGCCCACAGGGCUAUGGCAGUGGUCAGGCUUCCUGAGACUCCUCCAAAGUCUGGUUGAUUUCACCCAGGCUAGUCCUUAAAAGUUUAGCCGAUUUCACUCAGCACUAACCAGUGCUCUAGAGUCUAG